AUUUGUUGACAACUUUUCAAUACGUGUUUACAAAUUGUUCAGAAAUAUAAAUGUUUUAUAAUUUGAUUGCAAAUUAAUUGAAGUUUUAUUUGAUUUUAUUAUAGAUUUAGUGAAUAAGUAGUGAAUUGUAUGGAAAUGGGAGACAACGAAGAAAACGAUGAGUUGAGAGCAAAGCGAAAGAUAAUUGACGCCAAACUCAAAGCGAGACCGGAGUUGAUGGACAGUCGGGCGUGGACUGCAAACAAUUACAGCCAAACGUUUGACUUGAAUCCCAACGCCUUUGAAGACAACGUGGAGAGGAUUAGCGUCCAAGAGGUGAGGGUCGAGCAGUUCGUCGAGAGGUAUGAGAAGCUGUACCGUCCGGUCGUAGUGACCGGUGUCUGCGACCACUGGAAGGCCUGUCACAAGUGGACACUCGAGAGGUUGGCCAAGAAGUACAGGAACCAGAAGUUCAAGUGCGGUGAAGACAAUGAGGGAUAUUCGGUGAAACUCAAGAUGAAAUACUUCGUGCAUUACAUGCGAGACAAUGCGGACGACAGUCCGCUCUAUAUAUUUGACAGCAAUUAUGGAGAACACUGCCGGAAGAAGAAACUUCUGGACGACUACUCGAUUCCCGAGUAUUUCAGCGAUGAUUUGUUCCAAUACGUGGGCGAAGAGAGACGACCCCCUUAUCGGUGGUUCGUGAUGGGGCCCGAGAGGUCCGGCACUGGCAUUCAUAUCGACCCUUUGGGUACAAGUGCUUGGAAUGCGUUGAUUGUCGGAUACAAGCGAUGGUGUCUUUUCCCGACAAACACUCCGCGAGAACUGAUUAAAGUGAAGCCCACAGAAGGCGGCCGACAGAGUGAAGAAGCCAUCACUUGGUUUACUGUGAUAUACCCUAAGACACAAUCCCCUGAUUGGCCGCAAGAGUUCAAACCGUUGGAGAUUCUGCAGAAGGCCGGGGAGACUGUGUUUGUGCCGAGCGGGUGGUGGCAUGUGGUCAUCAACCUGUCGGACACUAUAGCUGUCACUCAAAACUUUUGCAGUCUUACUAACUUUCCGGUUGUUUGGCAUAAGACGGUCAGAGGGAGACCCAAAUUGUCACAAAAAUGGCUGUCAGUUCUUAAGGAGAAAUUUCCGGACAUCGCGGCCGUCGCAGAGAGAGUGGAUUUGAGUGAAAGCACGGGCGUUGCCUCCGAUAGCUCCGAUGACAGCAGUUCCAGCUCCAGUUCCGACUCGGAGGAGUGCUGUUCAAGUCCCGGACACUCAGUUUCGGUCAGUGAUAACGAUUCCGGUCAGGAGAGCAUUGGCAACAAAAAACACCGCAGAAAACGGUUUUGAGAUAUUACUUUGAAUGAAAAUAGUUAACUAAGUAACUAAACUAAGAAAGGUCUGUAUCUAGACACUCAGAUGUAAAACAUUAAAGUGCCAUAAAUUUUAUAAAUUGUUUUAUUAUGAAAGCUCACGAAAAGAAUCACGAAAUGAAUGCUUAAACUUCGCAAACGCUUCAAUCGUUAUAUAGAUUUGUAAUAUCAAAUAGUUUUCAUCAUUUGGGUCGACAUUACUUUCACGAAUUGCUGAUUCUUUGUAAAGCCAUUGGUAUUCGAGGCCUCCGUUUGCAACCCUUUUUCACAGAAAUAUAUUAUACUUUUAUAUAUUCUCGUCAUUUUAAUACAUUUUCAC